AUGUUUAGAAUAUUAUACUACUUUGCAACUAGCAAAUCAUGGAAACCCCUAAAAGAGAUGCUUAAAAGCCAGUUCAUAAAUCGAACACCUCACGAGCAGAAAUUGAACACCUCUUCUGAGCAAAUCUUCGACCGGGCCUUCACUCUUCACGACCGAACACGACCCCGCCGUCACGAAUCUUCACGAACCUCGUUGGACGUUGCCUUGGAGCUGUUUAGGAAGCAACAAGUGGAUUUUCUAAUUGCUACGGAUGUUACUGCUCGUGGUCUUUAUAUUAUAGGAGUUCAGACAGUUAUCAAUUUUGGCAUGUCCUCGAGACCUUACGAAGCAAAAAAGAACUUCUGCUUCUGCGCGAGGUGGCGGGAAGAGGAAAUCCUCCUUUUCGAGGGCGAUAUGAGUGAGAAAAGGCAAAAAAGAACUUUUGCUUUGCGCGAGGUGGCGGGAAGAGGAAAUCCUCCUUUAAGAGCAAGUCACGGUACAAGCGGCGUUAGUUUCGGCAUCCGAAGUGUCAUCUGCUUGAAUGAGCGUGUCUAA